AUGGAUUUGAUCGAUGAUAUUGAAGAUAUAGCCAAUAUCCAUAGACUUCAACCUACACAGAGGAUCAUGGAUAGUUCUUCUGAGUCUCAAUCGGAUAUGGAGGAUUUUUCCGACGUCGAACAACCACAAAUGGCUAAUAAAGUAGAUGAAUUGAGAAAGAAGCUUUCAGCCAUUCAAAAGAGAUUUGAAGGUGAUGAAGAACCUUCCCAGCCUUCAGAACCUGUCACAUCAAAGUUACCACAAUUAAAUAUCGAUUUGUCAGAAAUCCAGACGCUUCAAAGUACACAAAAUGGUGAUACUCAAGUAAUUCAACAAACACAAACCAUCACUCAAACUGUCCUUCCAACUAUGGCAGAAACCCAGGAAUUGGACUCUGACCAAGAUGUUGAUGAUAGGAAGAAAGCUAUCAUUCUCCAGAGAUUGAAAGACCGUCAAUUGGCCAAAGAAUUGGAAAAAGAACAAUUACAGGCAGAUAUCUCUAAUGUCACAUUAACUGAUGAAGAAGCUGAUGAAGUUGAAAUCUCCAAUAAAACACAAACCAAAGAUUUGAAAGAAAUUCAAAAAUUCAUGGACUUGCAAAAGAAAGAACAGAUUUUCCAAAGACCCAAGACCAAGAAGAAUUUUAAAUUUUCAACUUCAAAGUUCUUAGAUGAUUUUGAUGAUGAAGUCCCUCCACCAGUAGAAUCUGCUGAAGAAGAGAAAAUUGAAUCAUCUCCUCAUACAUCACCAAUUCAGAAUCCAAUUGAAUUGUAUAAGUCGAACUUACAAAGUGUCAUUGAAUUGGAAGAUGACUUGUUACCUGAUUUAAGUAAAGAUCAACUUUUAUCCAUCAGGAAGAAAUAUGUCAAACCUAUUAAACCUACCAAGAACACCACCAAACAGCUUUUCCUGAAACUUUUCUCUCUUAAUGUUGAACAAUUGAAUAAUACCAUUGUUAAGGAUAUAAAACAUAUUGAAGAAGAGGAGAAUGAAGAGAUCAUGGGAUCGUUAUUGGAAAGAGAGAUUGAAAGAGUACAAAGAAUCAGAAAGAAUGAAAAGAUGAAGAUGAAAGCUGAAGCCAAAGGACAAGCUGAUGAAGAUAGUGAAGAAGUCCCUGAUUCUGAAGUCCCUGAUUCUGAAGUCCCUGAUUCGGAUAUUGAUUCCGAUAUUCCUAAUUCUGGAGAUGAGUCUGAUGAACAAGAAGAACUCGAUGAAGAUGAUUUCAAGACCCGUAGAAAGGCUAGAAUUAUUGAUAGUGAAGAUGAAGCUGCUAGUGAAAAUGAAGCAGAAUACAGUGGUUCCGUAACAGAAAUAACUGAAGAUAAAGAUAUGGAAGAUUCUUUCAAUAAAUCUUUAUUGUUCAGUAACUUAGAACCAUUCAAUCCUAGUCAGAAUAAGUCCAUCAAGUCAGCUACUCAAGAUACCCAACCAGCAAGAGCUGAGUCCAUUACCUUUGAUACUCAAUUGAUCGAUAAUGUGGAAAAUGAUAUCGAUGAUACAGUUAUAGAUGGUGAUACUCAAAUCAUCGGUACCCAACCAUCAGCUACACAAACCAACACCCAAAUCAUCAAUGAUACACAAAAGAUAACUCAAACCAUCAACGAUACACAGAAGAUAACUCAAACCUUUAACGACACUCAACAGAUUACUCAAACCACCAACGACACCCAGAAGAUCACACAAGAUGACGAAAUCACACCAGAACUCGUGUCUCAAGCCAAAAUGGCCAUUGCUUCCAAUCUUACUCAAAUCGAAGAAGAAGAUGAAGAUGAUGAAGGAGAUAUUCAACAACAAAUCAAACUUUAUGAAGAGAAAAUCCGUCGUAAAGAAUUGAAACUGUUACAAAAGCGUAAAGAAAUGGAGAAAAAAGGGUAUAAGUCCAUCAUUGAAGGAGAAGCCGAAGAAAGUGAAGAUGAAUGGGCAGGUUUAGGAGGUGAAGAUUUUGAAGGUGAAGAUGUGGCUAACUCUGAAGAUGAAAAAAUGAUCGAUAAUAACUUCAAACUUGAUUUAAAUGAUGAAGAAAUCAGACAAAAGUUCAUGGAUCAAUACAAAAUCAAAGAUAAGAAAGAGUUAGAGAAAUUAUUGGAUGAUAUUAAAAAUCAUAAGUUAAUCAAGAAAGCUUCAGGGUUAACUAUUGAAUUAAGUGAUGAAGAAGAUGAGUUGUUAGUGGCUUAUAGAAGACAAAAAUUAGCCGAACAAAGGAAGAAACUUGCUGAAAAUGCUAAAAUGAUGAAGAAAUUAAAAUCUGAAAAAUCAAAAGCGUUCUUUCAAAGUUUAGAUGAAGAAAAAUUGAUUUCUAUUGAUGAAGAAGAAGUUCAAGAAGAAGAUAACACCAUAAAAGAAGAAUUCAUUCGAUCCAAAUUAUCUUUCUUGAAUAAUUCAAUCGAUGAUUAUGAUAUGGAACAGAAUAAAGAGAAUAAUAAAUAUGAUUCUGAUUCUGAUGAUAAUUAUCAAUCAUUGAAAAUGAAAUCUUUCACAAACUUAAAGAGAAAAUAUGAUGAUGUAGAGAUUGAAACUGAUGAAGAUGAAGUUCAUUCUGAUGAUGAUCUUUUACCUAGCAGAAAACCUUCAGUGGUGAAAUCAUUCCGUUCAUCAACCACCUCGUCAUUUUCCGGAGUGACGAUAUCUAAACAGUAUAAAGUAGCUAGUGGAUCUAAAGCUUCUAUUACGUAUAUUUCCAAGAAGAAGAAGACUAAAAUUAAUAUUAAGGGGAGUAAACUUAUGAAUGCAAAUAAAAAUGAGUUUAGUUGA